ACCGAACGAAUGCCGAAGCAUUACGCUGCCAGACUUCAACGAGUGAGCACGGACGUACGGCCCAUAGCAAACGCACAAAUCACCGAUCCGCGAAGGAAUCGUAUAUUCUUGGUUAAAGUUUUUUGUGCCCUUGCACCGAAAGUGCGUAGUGAAGACAUCAGUGGUGUAGCCUGAGUGAGGGAAGGUGUGAAUUUAAGGCAUCAAGUCCACAAUUUGUUGACUUGUUCGCGCGAGUGAUUGUGAAAGCUUACGGAAAAUUAAAAAAAACCUGCAGACAUUCAGAACAGAAUAUUUGAAUUGAAAUUUUACUACUUUUGAAGCGUUGCUACUGUUGCACGCUACAACCCUGUCGCGCGAGGAACAGAGCGACAAGUAAAUUGAAGCGGCGCAAGCGAGACGGAGCUAGCCGCGUAUGCUGUGAGCGUGUGCGAAAGUGGGCAGCAGUGUGCAUACAUGCGCAACCGAGACGGCACGCUUCAGAAUAUGGCGACGGUGGAAAAAAUGUAUCCAGUGUUUAGUGCAAAGUUGAAUGUUUCUUCUAGUGAACGGUUUUAGUGAAAAAAGUGUUUGAGUUGAGUUGCAAAAGCGAACAUUAGUGUGUCGAGCGAUCAUUUGUGUGUAAAAUUUGAAUUGAAUCAAGCAUGGAACAGGUAGAAAGCAUGUCUUUUUCCCGGCAGUGCGACGAAAUCGACCUACUCUCCAGUCCGGCCGCGAUGUUGACUGGAGGCAGCGAACCAAACGCGAACCACUCGUCGAACGCAGCAACCGACGCUGCAGUUCGCGCGAUUGCCACCGUGAACGAUGGGGGCGCUAGUGUUGCCGAAGAUGGACGACCGUUGGAUGGUCGUGGUUUGGUUUCGCGCCAGGAUUCAAACGUAUCACCACCGGUAGCAGCAACGACGACAAUUGCAACCGAAAAAAAUCAUGCCAACAACGGCAAUGACGUACAGGACCGACCCUGUGCUGGUAAUAAUCAAAGCAACAACGGUACGGUAUCGGCUGCCAUAAGCAACCGUAUUGCGGAAGGUCGGUGUCGGCGUAAAAACCGUCGUCGCAAGUCAAACCGUGGAAAAUCGAGUUCGAACCGACCGUACAGCAAGACCAACUGGAAGUUUCAGUAUCCGGCCGGGCAAGGCGGUGGUGGUAACCGCCAGGGGCAGGGAGGAGGUGCUGCUGCUGAAUCCAGCAGUGCCGGCGGGGGAAUGCAUGGUGGAAAAAUGAAUCACAACAAGCGGCGCCAUCUGUACGCGGUGGCGGCUUCCCGCCGGAUAACACCGUUCCUGAAAUCCGAUCAGCCACCGUUAGUGCCAUACAACACCAACCGCUUCCUGAUGGAGGAUCACAUGCCGCAAGUGCUCACCCCGUCAGGUAGAACGCGCGAUUCUAGUUUUUCGAUAGAUUCAGAAGAAAAUUAUUUUUACUCACUCCCAGAGGAUGAAGAGGAUUUCCUUACCAAGGAGUUCUCCAGCGUGUACGAGCGGGAACGGUUCGAUCGGCUGGAAGGCCUGAGCCAUCCCGAUCUCGUCCAAGAGUACAUGAAGCUGGCGGCGGACUACGAGCAGCUGCUUCGCAGCACCAAGAUGAACGGUGCUGGUGGUGGCGGUGGUGGUGGUCGUGGCGGUGGAGGCGAUAGUGAAGGUGGCGAACGUGGUGACGAUGAUGGCAGUGCCUCUCGGAACAGACUGUUGGAAGAGCGUGUGAAGGUGCUGGAGCGCGAAAAUUUAGAUCUUCGCCGUCAGGUAGAGCACGCUACGCGAAUGGGAUUCCUCUUGUCUGCUAGAUCAUCGCCUCGGUACGGAGCCUCGGCCGCCGCCCUCGUUGGAACGGAUCGCAUGGAUGUGACUGAUCAGCCUCAACGUGCCCAAUUGGACGCUAGCACCUCCGAGGAUAGCGAGUCCGAUAGCUCGAGCUCCAGCAGCAGUAGCAGUAGUUCGAGCAGUAGCAGCAGUAGCAGCAUGAGCGACGAUGACGACGACGGAGAUGAGCCAAUGAUGAACGGGGAUGUUGUGCAGCCGACAUUCAUGAACGGUGGAAGUCCGCAUGCCAACGGCGGUGCACACGACAGCGAACACGAGCAUCAGUUGGAUGGCGACGAGGACGAGCAGCUGCUGCUGCUGAACGGUGCUGCCGAUGAGCUUUCACCAUCUCCGAGGCCAUCGCUCGCGGUGGAGUAAAGAAUUCCGCCUUAGUUUUAGCAAGCGGAAGCCAAAGGCUGCGUGAUUGCGACAUUGCUUAGGUUCUAGUGGUUCGCUGGGAUGUAUGAACCAAAUGUUAGUUUUAGGCUUGCUGUUUUUAAGCUCCUCCCUGGUCAAAACGUUGCCCCCUUUCGGAAAGUUUAUAACGAAAAACACGCCCGCUAUUCAUCAUGUUCUCAAUAUUUGAGAUUGAUGUAUGCAUGCAGAGCACGAGGAUGGCCAAAUUGGUCAUUGGCGCAAUCGUAAGCAGAUAGGAAUGCGGUACGGGGAUGCAAAGAAAGUGUAUGAUUAUGAUUUUAAAGCGUUUUGUUUUCACUUCAUAAGCCAUUAUUUUAUCGGAUUGUGUGAUCGUGUACAAUCAUACAACAAAGGUGAAAUAGGUAGCGCGCGCACUGCUGCGCAUAUGUGACACAAGAACACUUCUCCAUCUAUCGUACGCUACAGAAAAUAUCCUUUUUAUGUUUUUUUUGUUUAACUAAAGCUAAUACGCGGCGACGGCAUCAGAAUCAAACUAAAAGUGGGCAUUAUUAUUAGAUCGGGGCGGAAUUGCGAUCCAGAUCGCAUUCGUGGAUGGAAGGAACGUAGGGGGGGGGGGGGGGGGGGAGGGGCAUUCUUUCCCCCGAACGGUGGAUUCAAACAAGUUAAAAUGGAAAAAUUUAAACAAAGUAAGAAAAUUACAACAAAAAAAAUGGAAAAAUCUUUUUUAUCGUAAAACCAGCAAAAAGUAUGCAAUUGAUUGUGUGUGUGUGUGUUUAUUCGGACUCUGGAAAUCGAUUGUUUUGUAAUCGAAACACCCCAAUAGGACAGAGGACAGAGCUGAAAAAAAAAACACGGCACACGGCACCACACGGGCGGGAGAUAUAUUAUACAAGUACUGUAAAACCAUAUAUACGUAGCGGAUAAUUUACAUUGUACAACUAUAAUAAUAUUAAAAAAAAACAAAAAACCAAUGCGACACAAUGCAAAUGAUAUGUGAUUUCUCUUUUUUCUCUAACCUAGCGGAAAAAGUAGCCAGUGGGCGGGCGAACUGUUAGUUUGAUUAUAUUGUGAAUCAAACAAACCAAAUGGGAAAGCAAAAUUUGAACGACAGAACCCGGUCAAACUAUAAAGUGGUGUUACAGCUACACUUGUUGAUUAAUCAACCUAGUAGAAGCGAGUGCCAGUUUGCCGAGACGAGAUGAGCAAUGGGGUGAUCAAUGGGGUGAAUGAGAAUGGGUGAUCAAUGUGAUUCGAUAAUAAAAACUAAGAUUACGACGAACGGGUUAAAAACACGCCACAAAUAAUGAUGAGAUGUAGUAUAUGCUGUUAUAUAUUACCACUCCAAUGGGUAUAUGUGUGUGUGUGGAACAAUCGCUUUUUCUUUUUGGAACGCAACGCAUCCAUUUGUAUGAUGCGGACGGCGGACUGCAACGAUGCGCUUAGACGGAGAAGAGACUUUUGAACUUGUUACAAGGGUGACACUAGAAUGGCUAACCGUGUAAUGCGGACAUCCGGGUAUCCGGAGCAUAUUUGUGAUGUGAUGAUGUCCACCAUACUGUUAUGGACGCGUGGGUCAACUCAACCACUGCUGCUGCAAGCAUCGGCGGCGUAACGAUUAUAAGUAUUUAUCUGCCGAGUGAAACUAAACGAGCGGGAUAAUAUAUAUGUAAUGCGUUACUAAUUAUAAACGAUUAUACAAUGCGAACAAGAGCGUUAUUGACCGCUUUUGAGAGAAACGAUUGAGGGAACAAGACGAUCGACCGUGCAUCCACCAUCAAACCGAAAACGGUUCUAAUAUCCCAGCAGAUGGAGGAUUAAGUAGUUGGAAACUGACGCUUAUCUAUUCGAAGAGCUCCGAACUCGAAAUGGAUGUGUAUAUUUGUAAGCAUGUAAUAAUGGUUAAGAUGAUUAUUAAAAUCACACACAGACACACACACACACACACUGCUAGUGAUAUAAUAGUGACCCGACGAUGUAAGGUGUAGAACUGCCCCGGCCGGCAGAGUGUACAUUAUCCUGCAUUUUGCUAUUGUGGCUUGUAAGACGACCGAACUGGUCAGCCAGUCAGUUCUUUUCCAACUCGCCCCGGAGUUAGUGUGUGUGUGUGUGUGGCGGGUCGGGUUGGCCAGUUAGGGAGAGAGUACCUAGUAGUUUGUUUUAGUGCAGUAAGUUUCUGUUGUUACUAUGAACCGUUGGAGGGAGGAAUAAAGUAAAAAUGAACAUUUGGAAGCAUUUCA